CUCUAAUAUAUCUAGAUAUUAUCUAGUAUCUAACAACGGAGCAGUUAGGAAAGCUAAUGUACUUCAAAACAAAACUGUAACCCAUCCAAGUUAUGCCCACAUUCACCGUAGCUGGGCCCAUUACGCUGUAAUGCGCGGUCGCUGCGUUUGACGCGUUAUCACAUAAUCGAGUAUCUUAUCACGCGAUAGCGACGCGAUAUAUGGCAGGUAUCGGACACAGCAGCUUGUUGAAGUUCUUCGUCGACAUACCUAAAAUUACGAUGUCGGAACACGAAACGAUUUCAACAAGAAUAGAGUCUCAAGUACCAAGAGUACAGAAAAUCAGAAGUGCUACCGAAACCACGUUCUCUAAACCCGAAUGGGAGAACACCCCUGAACCAAAUACAUACGAUGAAGAACCACAACAAAUUUAUAUAAAAGGAGACGUAGAUACAUUAUCAGAAGGGAAAGAAGAAGAAGAUAUUGUAACUAAUAAAGUAAUAGAUAGUAAAGAAGAUGAUAAUACACCAGAUGUAAAAUAUAAAGAUAAUUUUGGUUUAAGUGAUAAGAAAGAUCACGAUGUUAUCAUUUUAAAAUCAGAAGAAAACGCUGUUUAUUCCCCAGUUAUAACAGUGACUAAAGAAGAAUCGACGUUGACGAAGGGAGACGUGAAGUUGCAGAAGGUGGUCGUCUCUGAAGACAUCUCGGAUGAAUCGAAGAUCCAGAACAGGACGUUAAGUGUCCCAGAGACUUGCAGUUCUAAUGAAGUAAACACUAAAAUACGUGGUGAAGUUCUAGCGGUACCGAUAACAAUAGACAAGCAUACAUACGAGAAAAAUGAUAUUAAAAAAACUCAAGGAGGAGACCAAAAUGAUACAAAGAAAAUCCAAACCAAAAUACCGAAACUAAGGUUAAAGCAAGUUGUUGAGAAAAUAAAGAAAGAAAAACAAGCAGUACGUAAAGAAAAAGAACCUGAGCCGGCGCAAAAAUUGAAUGUAUCUAUACCGAGAAUAAAAGAUAUACAAAACCAUCCACAACAAAACCUUGAUUCGGUGCAAAACAAUAAAACUCAAAAAGUGGAGUCCCCUAAAGUGGAUGAUGAAUUUGAUAAAAUAUACGAAGAGAUCAUAGAAAAUGAGGCUUUCAACAACGUCCCAUCACCCGAAAAAAUUAGUAACCCAAUAAAACUAGAAUCUAAGUUUGAAGAAAUAAUACAUAAUUACGACGAAAAUAAUGUCGAACCGAUUAGUAUAGAGAAGACUAAAAGUAAAAUACCAUUACUGAAACGUAAAAGUGAGCAGGAAAUUGAAAUACCACCACCAAGUAAUCGAAAACACUCGCUGAAGAGAGCCAAUACAGAAGAUUUUAAAGGUAAGAUUCCUGUAGCAAUAGCAAAAGAAAAAGCUUUAAAAUCGAACGUCGAAAAUAUUAUAAAUGGUAGCACAACAGACGAAACUACUGCUGGAAUGAAACCAAACGCUAACUCAAAAAGCAAUUUUGAGUUAUUAAGUACUGUUGACACUCCUACAGUCCAAAACGAAAAUACUUCCACAUUCAUGGAAACCAAAGAACUAAGUAAAAUUUCUCCAACUGAAAAUUUUGUAUUAAAACCAGGUAAAAACAAUAAUAGCAAUAUUAAAGACACUGCAAAGUGCAAAAUUCCAGUUGCAUUCAACUCUAAGGAGACUAUGGAAUCAAAAAUAAACUCCACAGUUUUAAACAAACACCCAACUAGGGUAAAUGCUAUUGAAAAGAUAUCGAGCAAAAUCUCAACUGACAAAACAGACCAGACUAAUGAUAAAAAAGAUGAAAAACCUCAAUCAUAUAAUGUUGUGACACAUAACGUAAGAUCUUCUACAGUUUUCCUUCAAUCAGAGAAACAUACCAAACAAGAUAAUAGACAUUUAACGGAAGCUAACGUUGAUAAUAAAAUGAACACAGAACACACAGGAUCUUCUUUGACAAUAAAAAACAGUAACGAUGUAAAACAUCACACUCAAAAUGUAAUUUUUGAUGAGCCCAUUGUAUCCAAAGCAGAAGUGCUGUCACUUGAAAAUCCUGCAAACUAUAAAACAAAUCAAUUUUAUAUAACUUCAUGCAAUGACAGUAAAUCUGUAAAUGGUUCACGUUUAUCGGAAAACAAACACGGUUUAAAUGCAUCAGAUAUAAAAAACAAUAACACAACUAUACAAAGCCCAAUAAAGACAGUAGACUCAUCUGGCAGUUCAAGAAAAUAUCACAAUAAAAAUGCAGAUACAAUUCUAUUACCGAUUGAAAAAGAAAAUUGGAAGAAUAAUGAGACAUCUAAUAUCAUUGAAAACAGCAACCCAAUAAUUGUUAGUAAUGAGUCAAUAAUAACGACUACAGGAGAAAGUAAAGAAAUCGAUACUGUAGUACACAACAAAGUAUCCGAGAACAUACAUAAUGUACCGGAAAAGCUCCAGAAGAAUGGUAUAUUGGAAGACCCGCCCGCCAUCAAUACCAAUAUAGAAGAAAAAGAGGAAGAAGACAUUAUCAUGUUGAAGGGAAAAGUUGACAGAGUUAUAAGAAGGCUGGAUUCAAAGGACUAUAAGACAGUUAAGAAGGAAAUUGAUGACGUACCGAAAGGCGUCUCCGUGAUAUCGAAAAUAGCUAUUUUUGAUAAAGGUGAUUCUGACACAUCAUCAAAAACAGACGUGCUUGAUAUAAAAAUUAUAAAAGCGACUAAUCAAGGCAUUAUCGUUAAUGAUAAACCCAUAAUAGUUAAUGAGAUUUUAAAGAACGAUGCUAACCAAAACGAAAUAAAUGAUAAAGUCGAAACUAUUGGACUAGUUUCGACGUACGUGAAAGUACGUGAAGAAAAUAAGACUGAAACUACUAACAAUGCACAUGACAUGGAAUUUAAAGAAGUUAAUAAAACUGCAAAUAGGGGUGUUUUAAAAACUAAAAACCUUUAUAAAAACAGUAUAAAUGAAGGAAAUAAGAUACGACGGACAGUUUCGAGUGCGGUCAGUGAAAACAACGAAGUGUUUGCGAAGAAAGACGAUGAGGCGGCAUGUUUAGAAAUAUGGAAGGAGUAUAGGAGGAAAAAGGAGCUGGAUUCCGACAUUCGAAGGGCGAAAUCCCUCGCGGAGCUGGACUUGGGAGACGCCGUGCGGGGCCGCGUGCGCCAGCUAGUGGUGCGGAUGAGCUCGGUGGAGCUGGCGCCCGCCACGCGCGCCCGUCUGUACGGCAAGGACUCGCCGGUUGCGGGCUCCGUGUCUCAGAGGAUCGCGCUGUACGAAAGGAAGUUGACCCCGUGCCGUGGCGAUGACCACCCCAGCCGGCAAGCGUCUAAGCCACACGCCGCCGAAGCCAAGAGCCUGAGCGAAGAAGAACUGAGAAGGAAGAUAGAGGAGCUGAGGAGUGCGAAAGAGAAGUACGGCGAGCUGGACAACAUGACGUACGUUGAACUUAGCGAUGGCGGGAAGAUGCCGGUACUAGCACUCGGAACUGCGAUGCUGGAGCCGGCGCUCAUCGCGCCCGUCGUGUCGGCGGCGCUGGAUCUGGGCUACCGCGCCGUGGACGCGGCCUACGUGUACGGCAACGAGCGGGAGGUGGGCUCCGCCCUGCGGGACAAGAUGCGGGACGGCACCGUCACCCGCUCCGAGCUGUUCAUCAUCAACAAGCUGUGGAGCACGUUCCACCGCCGCGACCUGGUGGAGAAGGCGUGCCGCCAGUCGCUGGACGCCAUGGGCCUGGACUACUUCGACCUGUACCUCAUACACAACCCCAUGUCCUUCAAGGAAGGGCCGAACCCCCUCCCCAAAAUAGCCAACGUACUCCAAUACUCGGAGCACGACUACUUGGAGGCCUGGUACGGGAUCGAGGGCCUAGUCAAGAAGGGCCUCGUGAAGAGGGGAGGCCUCAGCAACUUCAACUCGGUGCAGAUAGAGAGGGUGAUGGACAAAGGGUGGAUCAAACCUGUUGUGAACCAGGUGGAAUGCCACCCCUACCUCACCCAGCUGCGUCUGGAAGAGUUCUGUUUAGCCCGGAACAUCAAGCUGAGCUGCUUCGGAGUACUGGGCUCCAAGGGAACUCCACCAGAACUCACCAGUGGCCUGCCACCGGUCAUAGAUGACCCCCUCGUGAAGGUCAUGGCUGCUGGACUAGGGAUCACGCCUGCCCAGUUACUAAUCAGCUACCAGCACGCGCUGGGCCGCAGCGUGGUGGUGAAGUGCUCGAGCGCGUCGCACUUGGCGCAGGCGCGCGCGGUGGUACCACUCGACGCGGCGCACGUGGCGGCGCUCAACGCCCUCAACCGCAACAAGAGGAUGUUCAUCUUCGCCGGAAUGGGCGACACACAUAGGAACUACCCGUUCAGGAUUGCGUUUUAAUUUCAUACAUUAAGUAAAUAUUAAUAUUAUGCACUUACUUAGAUAUUAAUAUUUGUAAUUUUCUUUAAUUUCCAUUACCAUAUGACAUAAUUAUUAUUGUGAUUUAAUUUUAAUUAUAAGAUGAGUACAUUUUUUUUACUCGACUAAACAAUAAUUGAUUGUAUACAAUGACGACAGUAAACUAUUUCCGAGAAUACGUAAUAUGUACCUAGUGAUUUUAUGCUAACAUUAAUAAUAGAAAUAAAAGACACUUUCAAUAA